AUGAUUUAUGUGGGAAAGAGCAAUCCAAAGGACAAAGUAAGAAGAUGCCAUGAAAUCAUUGACAGAGACCGACUUAGCCACAUUUUUCCAUUGAAGGACUAUUAUGAUUAUGUUUGGUUUUUCUGGGUGAGGUUGGGGAGCAUGUGGAACUCCAAAAUUCAACACGGCAUGACCGUUGAGGAUGAUAAAAUAAUGCAGGAAAUCUUGACAAUGCUAACCUACGACGGCAGUGAACAAGGAUGGGCUGUUUUCAGUAGAGGCCUGCAUGACAUGACUAAAGGCAAAGGUGACAUUUUGCUCACAGUUUUCGACAACUCAGAGAAAUGGGGACAAAAAGUGGACCACCCUCAUAAAUUUGUGCCUGUAUUGCAUGAGGAGAUUACUGGCGUCCACCCUGAACACCACUGCAACCGCCUCAUUCUGCCAGGGAGCGCUGGAUACAUCCCAGAGCGUGUGGUUUGCUCUGAAUGUGGACGUACCAUGGACAAGUAUAUCAUGUACCGCUGUUGCACCGACUAG